AUGGCCUGCAGGUCGGUUCGAGUCUGUGACUCUUCCAUCGCUGUGAUGGAAGUAGUAUGUGGCUCACCCAAGGACAGUAAGCGUGAGGGUAACAUAGAGAGGAGAACCAAAACUCUGUACUUAACUUGUAAUGGAGCAGCAAAGAAAGAGGAAGUGCUUCAGUUAUACAUGCCUCUUAUAUCCAUUGCCUGUAUUUGAUUGGUUCUCAGUUUUCUCUUUACUAAUCUUUGCUGCUAUAUGGAGUUAGUAAAGAAAGAUAAGCAAAAUAUGAAGCCUCCUGUCAUGUGGUAAAAUUCACUAAAAUACUGAUUCUCUUAGCAGCAGCUCUAAGGUUAAAGGGUUUUUCGACUAUACCUUGUCUGGACGACUGGUUUCUGAAAGCAGAAUUAAUACGGCAUCUGAAAAGAAACCUUCUAGAGACCAUUCAAUUUUUACAGAAACUUGACUGGAUCAUCAAUUUACAAAAAUAUCAGAUUCCUUCUACAAUAAUUCAAUUUCUGACUUUUUUGCUGGAUUUCAGAUCUCUUUUGCAAGUGGAGGGAAAAAAAAAAAGCAUAAAGACAUAAGUUUCAGUGCUUCAAAGAAAAUAAUUUUGUACCAUAAGAAAGGCUAUGAGUAUUUUGGUUCUUCUUACUUCUGCUAUCCCAGUUGUGAGAUGGGCAAAGGCAGAGAUCAGACCUCUUUAGUGGAACAUCUUUGCCAAUUGGUCAAGAAAAAAAAGAAGACAGAUUCAGAAUUAAUCUUUUCUGAAGUAGUAAGAAAACAAUUAACUUGGUGGAAGAAGUCAGAAAACCUAACCACAGGUCUAUCUUUCCAACAAAGAAAUUGGAUUAUCAUUACCAUGGACGCCUCCCUAACAGGCUGGGGUGCUCACUUAUAGUCUUAAUUUCAUCAGGUAAAAUGGCAGUCAAAAGAAGCAUCCCACUCGUCGAAUUUCAGAGAGAUGAAGGCGGUAAUGAAUGCCCUGUUAGCCUUCAAACCAAUAAUCUCCAAGAAGACUGUAAGAAUAAAGUCAGACAAUGUCACUACACACAGGCAGAGUGUGCCACUCAUGUUCUCAAAGAUAGUAUAGUGGUUUGGCUUUCUGGAAAGAAAAUCUCAUGGCCACAAGAACAAAAACGUUUAAUGUUUGCAUCUCUUCUGAGACAGGAACAUCCAUAUUUCCUGAACAGUCUGUCAAUCCCAUGGAAGUUCAAGAGUGCAUAUAUUUUCCCACCACUAGCUCUGAUAGCUCAAAUUAUACAAAAGAUCUAGUCAGACAAAUCCAAAAUAUUGCAAAUUACAGAUACACAGUGUGACGAGACCAAUCUUGCCACAUUGCAUUGGAGAAGCCUGGUUGCUCGCCUGUUGCCUUUGGAUUAUGGCCCCAUGUUAAAAGGCUUGAUUUUCCCCUGCAAAGACAUGAAAGCUGGGUCAUUCGGUGUUGGCCCUGUUUGAGCGGUGAUACCCCAGAUAGCUAUGCCAUGGAGCCCAUUCGUAUAAUGAAGGGCUAUGGGAAAGACUUUGGCUCCAUGGCAAUUGAACUGUAUGUGUGUGUGUGUGUGUGAAUGUGAUGCAUACUUUUCAAGUUAUGAAUAAUGUGGAAAAAAUUUAUUUCUCUGCUUGUUAUAAUUACAUUACCCAUUGUGUAAGGUAAUCGAAUCACAGGCAGAGGGGAGGAUUUUGUGUGGGAGUGUCUGAGUGUAUUGUAUGUGUUUAUUGGUUGUGUUCCAAAACCCUGUGGGUGGUACUAAUGUGUAAGAAUGUGUACAUAAGAACAAUAAACCCACAGCUCUGUCUGUUCACUGCUUGACCCUCAACACGGAGCUUUGUCUCGUUCUUGGGGGGAUGUAUUGUAUGCUGUUCCAGUUCGACUGCUAGGAGUGUAAACCUAUUCGUAUGGUUUUUCCUAUUCGGCUGUUUACAGCAUUCGUAUGGUUUCCUGUUCGGCGGAUUGGUGUUCUGCAGUAGCUGUGCCUAUGUCUCUGGAAGGGAAGAUCUACUAAACAGCGGUUUAACCCUUUUAUGCCUGGGGCUGCCGUUACACCCAGUAGAUAGUGUAGAAAACUGUUCAGUGCUUCAAAAUAACUUAGUUGAAUCCCCAAAACCAUCUCCAAAAGAAUAAUAAAAAAUACAUACAUACAGUAGAGCACUGAAAAUACAAUUAAUACACAGACCUAGGAAUAAAACUUAAAAAUAUAAUAGUGCAGAAACAUCUAUAUGUUUAUACGAGGUAUAAGGUAGCAAUAUAAAAAGCACAGUCACAAACCUAGAGCCAAUAUGUGCAUCUGGCUCAAGUGUGAAGCAUAAUAGAACAAUGUUAGGAGGUCAUAAUCCUUCUAAUUGGGAGAAUGUAGCUGUUUGAACAAAGAGAAUCACAUAGAACUGUGUGGCACAAACAAAGUAAGUACAUACUUGAAUGCACUUAUGUGAUUCCUGAUUGUCAAUAUGCACAUCAAAUGGUAACUGGUAUAUUCAAGAGUCUUGUGCCUUUUGCAUGUUCAGUAUCCUUUAUUGAAACAAAUAAUAGAUAUAUGAAAUAAAUACUAAAACAAACAUGUAUAAAAACUAUAAAAUGAAUUCAAAGACUAGUGUCUGUAGCAGCCAGAAUGUGUUUCAUCCUAUUGACAUACAGAUAUGCCUGUAAAUAAAGAGGGCCCACCAGGUUAAUGUAAUAAAAAGGGGAGCAGUGGGUGGGCCAACAAAUGAUCGUAGCCCAGGUAAGAGGGUUGCCUGAAUUUAAAUUGCCGGUAACCCGUCCCACAACUACAGGCUAUAGCCUUUAUAUUUGAGGUUGGGGAGAAAAGUCGUAAUAAUGCAAAGUCAGUUGUGGUGUGCCGAAACUGACGUACGGGUAGGCCUGUAAAAAAAGAGGGCAGAAAGAUACCACUUUUUACAUAUACAACUUACGUGCCAAACUCUUAUUGCUUCCUUAACUCUCUUCUCGGGUUGCGUUUGUAUCUAUUUCCCAUGGGUUUGGAAAAUAAAAAAUACAAAUUAGGUAGCGCCUGUAAAGAAUAGAUACAUAAAUAAAUAUAUAAAAUAACUUUGAAAAUAGUCCAAGUAAUUUAACACUAGUCCAAAUGAGGUAGUUCAAAGUAGUAGGGGAGAGUCUUUGUGGAAGAGCAGACUGGUUUUGAUAGUGGUGGUAUCACGGAAUAAAACUUGAAAUCCAAUAGGACAUGUGGAGAAUAAACAGAGAGGGAAACACCAAUGGUAUGGUCAUGGGCGUCCGCAUGGGGGGGGGCACUUGCCCCCUCCCCCCCUGGAUUUUUCAGCUUGUUCUGCUAUAUUUCGUGUGAGAUUGAAAAUACAGUUCAAUACUGGUUGGUAGGUGGUGCUGUGUAUGGAGAGAGACAGGGAUAGGAAGCUACAGCUUAUCCCUGCUUCUCUCUCCUGACUGAAUCUGCAGGGGAGCAGCCAGAGACAGCCUACAGAUCAAGUAAAUGGGGGGGGGGGCAGCCUACAGAUCAAGUAAGUGAGGGAUGGGGGGCAGCCUACAGAUCAACAAGUAAGUGAGGGAUGGGGGCAGCCUAUAGAUCAGGAAGUGAGGAUGGGGGGCAGCCUACAGAUCAGGGAGGUGAGGCAUGGGGGGCAGCCUAUCAGAUCAGGGAAGUGAGGCAUGGGGGGCAGCCUAUAGAUCAGGAAUGAUUCUGGCAUAGAUCAGGGAAGUGAGCAUGGGGGCAGCCUAUAGAUCAGGGAAUUGAGGCAUGGGGGGCAGCCUAUAGAUCAUGGAAGUGAGGCAUAUAGAUCAGGGAAGUAGGCAGCAGCCUAUAGAUCAGAAAGUGAAGGAGGGGGGCAGCCUAUAGAUCAGGGAAGUGAGGCAUAGGGACAAGCCUAUAGAUCAGGGAAGUGAGGCAUGGGGGGCAGCAGCAGCCUAUAGAUCAGGGAAGUGAGAGAUGGGGGGUGCAGCAUACAGAUCAGGUAAGUGAGGGAUGGGGGGAUACAGCCUAUAGUUCAGGUAAGUGAGGGAUGGGGAGACAGCCUUUAGAUCAGGUAAGUGAUGGACGGGGGGCAGCUUAUAGAUCAGGUAAGUGAGGGAUGGGGAGACAGCCUACAGGAAGGGUCAGGAAGGAGAAGGAACAGAAAUGAGCAGGAAGGGACAUCAAGGAGCAGAAAGGGGGAGCAAGGAGCAAAAAAGGUAAAGUAGGAGAAGGAGCACAAAGGAACAGAAAUGAGCAGGAAGAGUCUGCAAGGAGCAGGAAGGGUCAGCAAGAAGCAGGAAGGGUCAGCAAGGAGCUGGAAAGGGCAGCAAGGAGCAGAAGGGGACAGAAGGAGCACAAAGGUAAAUUAGGAGAAGGGACAGAAAUGAGCAGGAAGGGUCUGCAAGGAAAAGGAAGGGUCUGCAAAGAGCAGAAAGGGAUCAGAAAGAGAAAGUUGCAGAAGGGCGCAAAAUAAGCAGAAAGGUAAAGGAGUAGAAGGAGCCAAGGAGGAGAGAAGAAAAAGAAGACUGUGUCAAAUGAAGGAGAAGAAAAUGAGAUUGGAGCAGGAAGGACAAGUGAAGUGAACCUUCCACUUUAUUUUGGACACCACAUCAUAAGGCUUUGGUACCUGGGCCUGGCAGGGAAACUUUGGACCUUCUCAUCUCCCCAGGUAAAAAAAGAUAGUGUUAAUAUGUUUAUUUUUAGCACAGCUGGGUAGGGGGUGUCACUAAUUGGCUAAAGCGGUCAGCUGACACUCGAAGCCAAUCAGUAGCUCCCCAUUCGUAAAAAAAGUUAAACGUCAAUCUGCACUUCCUGACACUCCGUUUCAGAAGCUGAAUACCACUUAGUGACCUGGAGAUCUGGAGCUGGAGGAAGCCUUUGGGGUUAAACCAUUUGAGAGCAGUUUAACCACUUAAAGGAAAGAGAGCACUCAGGGCUUCCUGGCAUCAUAGGAUUUUCAUUUAGAUGAAGUUGUUAUGGUGACCAGAAUGUUCCUUUAAUUUGCUUAACCCCUUAAGGACCAAACUUCUGGAAUAAAAGGGAAUCAUGACAUGUCACACAUGUCAUGUGUCCUUAAGGGGUUAAAGGAACACUAUAGUGUCAGGAAUACAAACAUAUAUUUCUGACACCCAUAGUUGUGAAAACACUUUUCACCCUGGCUUUAUGUGAUAAUGACUAUGCCCCUUCCCUUUCAUGACACUGUCAAAAAGGGACCAAGCAUGGAAGUCAUUACAAUUAUGCCUCUGAAAAAUCCCCACUCAAGGAUAUAUAAGGUUCUUCAGGCUUUCAAUCUUGAGUAGCAGCAAGGUAAUCCAACCCAGAAAAUAAAAGGUGGUAGAAUAUAGUGCUCACUGUUUCUUUAAGUGUAUGAGAAAAAUAUAAGAAACGUACUUACAAUUUGCCGAGCAGACCCACUGGUGUACAGCGUAUGGGUGGUAUAAUCCCCAUCUAGGGAUUCUUAGGAACCACAAAAGGGAUGUCAGGACAAAAAUAAUAAAAACUGAAAAACAGGAAUAUGGCAAAUGUAUAGCCAAAAAAAUCCUUUAUUAAAUAGAAAUACUAAAAAGGUUUCUAUUUUAUAUUUCCCAUGGGUUUGCAGCAUUCUAUUCUUUAAUUAUAUGUACUGGAAUAUCCGUGUUAGAAGUAGCCUAAGAAUUUGUUGAAAAUUUAGAAGGGUCGAUGCCAAGUAUAUGAAGAGCCUAAUGUAAAAAUAAUUGCUUAGUGGUGCAUAUUCCCUGGACAGCCUGCUAUAGUGCGGCAGUAGGCACUAAUUUAUAUUCGGUCCCAUAUUUGUUGGAUGAAGGGGGAUAAUACUGAAGUGUCUGUUUGAUUAUAUUUUGUGUUUAAUAUGGAAUGCUCAAUUAGCCUCUAUUUAAUGAGUUCAUGGAUAGAAAACUGGAUAAAUCUGAUAACGUUACUGUGUAGAACUGUUACUGUAGAAUCUGAUAACGUUACUGUGUAUUGUGAGAUACCGCAAAGCCAUAUAUAUUGCUGCCUUAAUGCGGUAUAGUGUGAGUUUCAAUGAUAACUGUCAAGUAUCUGAAGCACACCAUUUUUUUCCCUGUCAAUAGAUGGCAGGGCCGCCAUCAGAAAUUGUGGGGCCCCUAACACAGCUCAAGGUCUGGGCCCCCGGGUGCCCGCCUCCAAAUCCCACUCACAGGAAUACACACACACAGACACAAAAGGACACAGACACAAAAGGACACAGACACAGAAAGAUACACACAUACUAACAGACACAAAUACUGAAACAGACAUACACACAUAUAGACACAUACACACACACACAUACUGACAUACAGACACACACACUGACGUACAUACAUACUCACAUACUGACACACACAUACAUACAUACUGACAAACAGACAUACAUACUGUGACAAAAGUACUCCUUUCCCUUGGUACCUUGUCCUGGGAUUGGGGUGUUACACACAGUCUUUUCAGGCUUUAGAGACACUUCACACGCUGGAUGAGGUAAAAGGACUUGCUCUUUUUAUUGUGGUUCCAAAAUAAAUGCACAGUAAGGUAUAAAAGGUUGUAACAACAUAUAUAUAACAAAAUCCUUGCUCUUCUGAGCACUAACUAAACAAAAUAAUUAGCUAACUGGGUUGGAUGGCUUGUCCAUUUCCCAACAUAAACAACAACCUUACUGUUUCAGGGAUUUUCAGCUCUCUGUUUCCACUCACAAAAAUCAAACACAAUCUCUCUCCUCCUUUGGCAGGGGAGUACUUAAUAGCACCUGUAAUUAACAAUCCUUUUCAGGUGAGGUAAAUUAGGAUUGAAACUCUGGAACUGGGCUUCUCACCUGUAGGUUCCAAGCAACUACCAAAAUGUGGAGUGGAGCACUGGCCCACCCUACUCUCCAAGUGCUCCACCCCAGGGCCCAAAUAUACACAUAUUUAAAGUGCAAUAUUCAUUUUAACAUAACACAUUUCCAUGGGGUUAAUUACACAAAGAAGGAACCUUGCAAAAUCUGGGGAGAUAUAUAGAUUCCCUCCAGCACAAUUCUUUGCUUUCGGUCACAAUACACAUAAAUACAUACUGACAUACAUACAUGCAUAAUGGCAUACAUACACAUACAUACUGAUAUACAUAAAUACAGACAUACACACACACACACACACAUAUAUAUACAUACACAGAUACAUACUGACAUACACACACACACACACACACAGACAUGCAUACUGACAUAUAUACUGAUAGAUAUAUAUACAUACAUACUGACAUACACACACACACACACACACUGACAUACACACAUACAUACAGAUAGAUACAUACACACAGACAUACUGACCCACGCGGAGUAAGCUGGGAGGAAAUGACCGGACGUCACUUCCUCCCAGCAGCACUUGCUGUGUAGCUGCAAUUUUUUUAAAGGGGCCCGUUCGCACAAUUACACGGCCGCAGCGCUGACCGGGCCCCUGAAGAUAUAGGGCUCAUCAGCAGCCCUAAAUGUUUGGGCCACCUGAUGGGCCCCGGUGCAGAUGCACCUGCGGCAGUUUUGCUGCUCCACGUGGGGCCCGGGCGGCCAGGCCCCCGCAGGGCCGCUGGGCCCAUGACAACCGUCAUGGUUGUCACCCCCUGAUGGCGGUCCUGAUAGAUGGUCAUUUGGGUGUAAAGAAUGAUCUAGUCGUUAUAUAUCAUUGUAAUGUUCAAUAGGGCAAGGAGGCACAUUAGUUGUGAUUUAAGAAAGUAGUAAGUAAAUGAUGUUAAAUGCCUAUCAGAUAAAGUUUAUAGUAUUAUGUUAUAGUUUGAACUAAGGUGGCAAAAAAGGCCAUAGUUUUGAAUAAGAUUCAGUGAUCUGGAAGUUGAUACGUAUCUGUUGAAAACAGUCAGAGCUCUUGUUAUAUGUUCUUUGUGUUUGUGGAUAGGGCAGUUUGUGCUGCCAACCUGCUAUGACCAGUAAAAGGGCUAGUACUGUAUGUAGACUUUGAAGGUUGAGGAUUUAUGUGUUUCCUGACAGUCAAGUGUCGUUUGAAGACAUCCUAAAAUGAGAACAUGACAAGGUGUAAGGUGCUGAGUUAUGAUGGUCAAAGAUGUAAACACAAACCAGAUAAGCUGAUGACUACUUGCUAGCCAUUUGAAUCUCCCAACCAUCCUAGUGGAAAUUAGGACCGUUGUUAAUGAUAUUGCAGGCUGUCAUGUCUGAGCACAUUGAUUACUAGCCCUUGCCAUAAGGUUUCCCAAGUGUUAGCGUCUGCUAUUCUGGGGUAACCUCAAAGAGAGCUGAGGUAUCAAUAAAUGACGGUAGGUAAACAGUCUCGGGAGACCACAUCUCUCUAAUCCAGGGUUUCUCAAUAAAUGUUUCCCUUGGAACCCUUUGACGUGGUAUAGCAAAACUUUGGAACCCCAACAAAAAAAUGAGUGCCAUAGAGUAGCGCAGCGCAAACCUUUCAAUGAUCAGAGUGUAAUGUUCUCUUUUGCUGGCAAAUUCCUUAUAUCUGGUUUAAUUGUUGACAGCAUGUCUGCAGUUGCGUCAAGUCGAUUUUGAUACUUUGUUUUUGUUGCAGAGUAGAGCGAGAAUCCAGUUUCACAUAAGCAUGUGCUGGCGAAUGGCAACAGAACUUUGAUUGCCCGCUUGGACAAUUCUGAGUACUCCGCGUGUAAAUUACCCCAAAAAGCAAUGAGAAACUUCUUUAAAUUUUUUGCUUAUUUGACUGUCAGAAGUUAUAUCAAUCAGAUUCUCAAAAUCUACAUCAGAAAAAUUGGCUGGCUUGUCUUUUAUGAAUGGAUUUAGAACCCAGUCAUUACUGUUUUUAUUCAAGAAUAGAAAAUACGGGGGGGCGGAGCCUAGCUGCCAAGCAGAGUGGACGUGCUGAAACCCAGCUCCUGCAUUAUCUGCCUGAUUUUGGGGAAAAUACCCAGUAAAACUGGCACAGAACUACUCUAACGGGCAUAACUGAAUUGGGAUCCUCGGGGGGCAACUCUGGACACCCAAAUCGACUAGCUAAUCACCCGAGAUCCCUAGCUGCGGUGACCGAGGCCUACAGGAUGGCUGGCAGAGGGGAGACGGCCGCUCUCCUUUCCACCUACCUGCUCCACGACCACUUCGACCCUCAUUCAUCCUGCCCGCCCCCCCCCCCGGGACCGGUGGGGGAUAUCCCGGUCCUCGCCGCAAGCCCAGUCCGAGCCUAUACACAGCGUGUGGACACCAGGGCCGGCGACACGUGGCCCAUCGAAAAUGGUGGCGGAGUACUCGCAGCAACUCAGCUUGAAGCAGCUAAGCAGAGCUCCGACUGCGGCACAGACCUCAUGCAGCGUCUGGAUGCACUGUUCAACGACUUCUGGGAGAAGCUCCAGCGGCGCGCACAGCGCACCAAGACAAAACGACAGGACCCCAUGGACCCAAGAGAGGGGAGCUAUGGGCGGCCGGGCAAGAGGGGAAUUCCCUUGGGCGCAACACGAGACCAAAAGCUGACACUCACCCACCCCGGCCCACCCAGGCUGCAGGCCAAGAGGGCCUUGACCCGAAGGCGUCGGCCACAUAGGCGGAAACGCAAGCGGCAAUCAACAUACAGACCUCCCGCCACCCCCAUGAGGGGGAGACACUCGGGCAACGUGUGCCACCGAGUCUCAGGCCAGAAGACGCAGGCCUGCACACCAGCUUGGGGCAAGAGGGACACCCCCACCACCGGCCGAGCAUCAGCACCUCCUCUGGACCAACCGGAGAGCCUCAGCCGCAUUCCCACAGAAGGAAUAGGAUAA